AAAUGAAAUUCUAAUUUUUUUCAUUCCAUAAUCCAUACGCAGAUUACUUCAAGAACUUCCCAAAUUCCAAGAAAACAUAGUUAAAAAAAAGUAGGAAAUAAAUACUCCACUACCUUAAAAAAGAGAAAAAAAGUUGUACUUUUAAACUCAUCACAACUCGCAAGCUUCCAAAAGUAUUAAGACAAGCUAUUCCUACUUCCGAGUAGUACACUUGCUUAAGAAAUAGCCAGCGGUCUUUUUAAGCUACCUCAUGACUCGGUGACGAACUCAGUGACUCUCCCCACGAGUCCUGAACCCCAUACCCAAUCCUCAGCCUCGGAUUUUCCGAAACACGCAGAUGGGUAGCGUUGUCGAUGACGAGGUGGGAGAGAUUGAACUUGGAGAGGAGCGAGAGAGAGAAUUCGAUGUGGAAGAGACUAUAUUUGUUGCGGUGUCAAAGAAGGUCGAGGAGAGCAAAACGAUGCUGUUUUGGGCUAUAGAGAACUUCGCUGGCAAGAGGAUUUGCGUGCUCCAUGUUCACCAACCUCAAUCUGUAGCUGAACUGACAGCGAAUAGAUACUUUUAUGGUAAUAGAGUGAAGCAACUUGAUGUUGAGUCAUUGAUGGAAGUUGAAAGGCAAAAGAUGCAUGAACUUCUAGAUCAAUAUCGUCAUGUUCUUCUGCAAGAAGGGGUAGAGGCAGAUAAAGUAUGGAUUGAGACAGAUAACAUUGAGAAAGGGAUUGUAGAUAUUGUUGCCCGGCACAAUAUUAGAUGGCUAGUCAUGGGGGCAGCAGCAGAAAAGUACUACUCAAAGAAACUGGUAGAGCUAAAGUCCAAAAAAGCAAUUUUUGUAUGCCAACAAGCACCAACUUCCUGUAACGUUUGGUUUGUCUGCAAGGGUUGCCUCAUAUACACGAGGGGAGGCAGAAAAGAUAAAUCUGAUUUGGAGAUUGCUCCUCCAUUGCUGCUGCUGAAUUCAGAUAUGGAAAAUGAGCUACCAGAGAACUUAGAAUCAGAAUCUCUCACUGAUGAGCUGAGAUUUCUUGAGAGUUGUGCAGAUGCAGAGCAAGGUGUUAAUGACCUGGAAAGAAUCUCAAGAAGCUUCAGUUUACAGUGUUCAUCACAUUCAAAUUCGUCCACUGACAUGUUGGUUGGCACAUCAAUGUUGACUUCAUGGCCGACGCAUGAGGAGGAAAACACUCAAGGACAAGAGGCUAUUGGAUUUUAUUCUAGACUAGAACAAGUCAUUAGAGAUGCAAAGAGCUCAAAACACAGAGAAUUUGAAGAGGUAGUUAAGCGAUGGAAAGAAGAAGACAAUGCCAUGGAGGCUAGAUGCAAGGCAAACUUUAUAAUCACCAAUUGCUUCAAUUUUUUGGGGGCCAAAGCAUUGGAAGACUUAUGCGCUAAGGAGUUGACCCAAAAGAAAGAGAUUGAGGAAGCACUGACUAGAGAAAAGAAAGAAAAAGAAAGGAUGAAGAAUCGGCAGGAUGAACUCAUGAAAGAACUCCAGAUGGUCCAGGACCAGAAAUCAAUACUUGAAGGUCAGCUUGAAGAGUCCAAAAGUACGGCGCAGGAGUUAGAGGAGAAAAUCAUAUCAGCUGUGGAACUCUUGAUAAGUUUUAAGGAAAAAAGGGAUAGACUGCGGAUUGAGCAUGGAAAUGCAGUGGCAGAAGUCAAAAAACUGAGUAAAUUGUUAAAUGGGGAAGUUUCUAGCUUUUGCAGUGUACAAAUCCCUACGUUAUCUUUCAUGGAGAUCAAUGAGUUAACUCAUGAUUUUGACCCUUCUCGGAAGAUUGGAGAAGGAAGAUAUGGAACUGUUUAUAGAGGAAUCCUUCGCCAUAUGCAUGUUGCUAUAAAGAUGUUGCCUUCCUAUGGCUCUCAAAGCCAGUUGGACUUCCAAAAGGAGGUAGAGGUUUUGAGCAGGGUAAGGCAUCCAAACCUGGUGACACUAAUUGGAACUUGUCCUGAAUCUAGGUCACUUGUCUACGAGUACCUGAAGAAUGGAAGUCUUGCAGACCACCUCGCCUGCAAAGACAACACUACCCCACUUUCAUGGAAAAUUCGUACACAGAUUGUUGUUGACAUAUGCUCUGCCCUUAUUUUCCUUCACUCCAAUAAGCCCUGCAUUAUCCAUGGGAAUUUAAAACCCAGUAAGGUCCUCCUUGAUGCCAAUUUUGUUAGCAAACUUGGUGACUUGGGCAUCUUUCGCUUGAUCCCACAAAAGGAACAUCCAGCUUACACCACCAAAUUAUGUAAUAACCUAAAGGGAAUCUCUAUGUAUAUGGAUCCGGAAUAUCUUGAGACUGGAAAGCUUACACCAGAGUCAGAUAUCUAUUCAUUUGGAAUUUUAAUGUUACAAAUUUUAACCGGGAGACCACUUUUGAGUGUAGUGAAGGAUGUGAAAUGUGCACUAGAAAAUGGAAAUUUCAAUGCAGUGUUGGAUUUUUCAGCUGGGGACUGGCCACUUGAGCAAGCCAAACAGUUGGCUCAGUUGGGAUUGAGAUGCUGUGAGAAGCACCCGUUGAAUCGGCCAGACCUUGUGUUAGAGAUAUGGCCUCUCCUUGAGCCAAUGAAAGCUUCAUGUGUUGCCUCAGCAUCAUGCUUGGUUUCCAAGAAGCUUCACCGGAUUCCCUCUCACUUUAUGUGUCCCAUUUAUCAGGAAGUUAUGACAAAUCCACAAAUAGCUGCAGAUGGCUACACAUAUGAGUCCGAGGCAAUAAGAGGAUGGUUUGACAGCGGCCACGACACUUCACCCAUGACAAAUCUCAAGCUUGAACACUGCAAACUAGUCCCUAAUUAUGCCCUCCAAAAUGCAAUUCUAGAAUGGAAUCAACAGUUAUGAUUUUCUUAAUUCUUUUAUACCUUAUCAUAAAUAUGCUGAAAAUGUGAUCACACCGGUCUUGAUACUGAUUUAGCCUUUAUACUUUAAAAUACCAGUGUAACCUACAUAACAGUGAUGUAUAGAACAAUUAAUUAUAAUAGAAAGGUCAACAUAUAAAGGAA